AUGGUCUACACUGUUGGAGUCCUUACAGUCAGCGACACAGCUUCAAAUGACGCCUCACUUGACAAAAGUGGGCCUACUAUAAUCGAGAUUCUUUCAAAAGAAGAUAAAUAUUCAGUGGAAAAACAGCUCAUUGUACCUGACGAGAUUCGCGACAUUCAAAAGACGAUCGAAACAUGGACUGAUCAAUAUAAUCUAAACUUGAUAUUGCUUACAGGAGGCACGGGAUUCGCUGAAAGAGAUAGAACACCAGAAGCCAUAAAGCCACUGUUGACGCGAGAGACACCUGGAAUAACACAUUUACUAUUGUCUUCAUCUCUGUCCAUUACUCCUUUUGCAGCAUUAUCACGUCCAGUGACAGGCAUCAGAAAUAAAUCAAUCAUCAUCACCUUACCUGGUAGCCCCAAGGCUUGCAAGGAAAAUAUGGACGCUGUGUUGAAAGUAUUACCUCAUGCAUUAGAUUUACUAUCUAACCAGCACAAGGAAUCAGUCAAGCAGACACACGCUCAAAUGCAAGGACAUCGCUGUGUUCACUCUGAACGUGAAGAGAACUUGACAGGCCAAUCGGUCCCUCUAGACACUCCUGUCUCACGACGUGCACGUAGCUCUCCUUAUCCCCUUAUCUCAGUAGAAGAAGCCCAAAAAUUGGUGCUUGGACAUUCUACUGCACUUAAUGCAGUUUUAAUGCCAGUAUCUCAGUUUUUAGCAUCUGGAUACAUUCUUGCGGAAGAUGUCAAAUCGAUAGAACCAGUCCCUGGAUAUCGUGCAUCCAUGGUAGAUGGAUAUGCUAUUUAUGUCGAAGAUGGGCCGGGCGUAUAUCCAGUAGAAUCGAUUGCAUUAGCCGAGACACAAGAGGCAAAUACGACCCUAAGCCGAGGCAAAAUCGCUCGCGUUGCAACGGGGGGAAUGGUUCCUGACGGAGCUAAUGCUGUCGUCAUGAUUGAAGAUACAAAGCUAGUCCAAGCAUCUGCAGAUGGCAAGCAGGAGCUAGAAAUCGAGAUUUUAGUGGAUGCUUCAAAAGGCGAUAAUAUUAGAGAGAUUGGAUCAGAUUGUGGUAUCGGCCAAGUGGUAGGCGUCAAGGGGCAACGUAUUGGCGCCAGUGAGGUUGCACUAUUAGCGUCUGUAGGCAUACGACACGUCAGAGUCUACCGCAAGCCGCUUGUAGGCGUUCUUUCCUCUGGAAAUGAGGUGUUGGAUCACAUGCCGACAGAUAGGCUAAAACCAGGGCAAAUCCGUGAUACCAACCGAUUGUCUCUGUUGGCUGCCAUUCGAAAUGCCGGAUUCGAAACAAUGGAUUUAGGCAUCGUGAGCGAUAAAGUACAAGAUAUUGAAGAAUGCUUAGAUGAGGCUUUAUCCAAGGUAGAUGUGAUCGUUACCACUGGUGGGGUUUCAAUGGGUGAAGCUGAUCUGAUGAAGCCUAUACUUGAACAAAAAUUGAAUGCUACCAUUCACUUUGGGAGAGUGUUGAUGAAACCAGGGAAACCUGCCACAUUUGCCACUGUACCAUGUGGCAAGAAAUCAAAGUUAAUUUUUGCUCUGCCAGGCAAUCCUGUUUCUGCUACAGUCACAUUUUAUCUUUUUGUUCUCCCUGCUUUACGUAAGAUGGCAGGCUGGAGUAACCCAGACAACGUGGUUGUUUCUGUAGAGUUGGAAAAUGAUAUAAAUUUGGAUACAAGACCAGAGUUCCAUAGAGUUCAUGUAAGGGCAAGCAUGAAUGGAUUGGUUGCUAAAUCAACGGGUAGUCAGUUAAGUAGUCGUAUGCUAAGUAUGAAAGAAGCCAACGGUUUACUGAAGUUACCUAUGAAGUCUCCUGAACAAUCAAGAUUACAAAAAGGGACAAAAGCCCAGUGCAUGCUUAUAGGGCAGCUUGACUCACAGUAA